CGGGUGCUGGACGAGAGGAAGGCGCUGAUCCCCUGCAAGAGGUUAUUUGAAUAUAUUUUGCUCUAUAAAGAUGGAGUGAUGUUUCAGAUUGAACAAGCCACCAAGCUAUGUUCCAAGAUCACCCUGACAGACCAGUGGGACCCUCUUGACAUUCCUCAGAACGCCACCUUUGAGGACCAGUACUCCAUAGGGGGGCCCCAGGAGCAGAUCACCGUUCAGGAGUGGUCCGACAGGCAGUCAGCCAGAUCGUAUGAAACUUGGAUUGGCAUUUAUACAGCCAAGGAUUGUUAUCCGAUCCAGGAAACCUUCACCCAAAAUUACAGUGUGAUAUUGUCCACGCGGUUUUUCGACAUUACGCUGGGUAUUAAAGACCCCUCCGUGUUUAUUCCCCCGAGCACGUGCCAGACGGCCCAGCUGGAGAGGAUGAGCGAGGACUGCUCCUGGUAGGCCUGUGGACACAGGAGUGACGGCAUCAGACACUGGCGGCCUUAGCUCAAAACCUAUUUGAGCUUGAGAGAUGAGAAUCUACUUUGGAGAAAGACAUUGAUGUGGGGUUUUUGUUUUGCUUUUUGUACAUAUGAUGUUGGCUAGGACGGAGACGAUGCGGUAAUGUGAGCUGAACAGAUGAACGUGGGGACUUUGUGUAGCCGAUCUGGGUGCUGUGCCUUCUGCAUGUGCCGGUGUCUGUGAAGUGCAGUGGCUUACGCGGGGCUGGAGAUCAGCAGGGGCAGUUUGCCUCGGCAGCGAAGAACGCUUUAUUAUUGACUGAGAAUCACCAGAUUCCUGGCACGUGGUGAUAAUAAAAAGCAGAACAACUUUGUUCAGUUUAUUAUUAAUGUUUAAGUUCCCUACAGAUAGUGUCUCCUUUAUGCCUCCACUGGGGAGGGGACUGCUCCCCCUUCCCCACCCCAUGCUCCUUAGGCUACUGAAAAAAUAACCCCCUAAAAUCCCUUCCGGACGUAAGGGUUCAUGGCAUGAAUCAAUUAAUAUAAAUAUUUUGGAAAGAAAUGAAAGGCUAUAAUACAAAGUAAUUAUUCCUCUAAAGAGACGUUUUAAACAAGAGAGUUUGAAAACCCUAAUGUCUACCCCUGGUGAGCAUGAGCCACUAUGCUUCCUUUUUUCUAUGCAAGAGUAUUGAUACUUGUGCUGAAUCAUCAGAGACUGUCAGGAGACCUCCAGAGACAGGUAGUAUUCUAGAAAUAGCCCUGAACUGGGAGUCCGGAGACUAUUGUCUCCAAAAUUCAGGGCUAGAAUUCCCUUGUACUCUGAUUGCUUUGAUUAACAAAAUGCACUAUGCUUUCCCUCACCUUGGCCUUCCUGGGACACAACCUCUUUGUCUUCCCGACUUCUGCUCAUCCUUCAUAGGUCAGCUCGCACAAGACCUUCAGAGAACUGCCCCCACGCCUGGAUAGGGUGCACCUUGCAGCUAAAGCAUGCAGUUCUCACAGUGCUUAUUUAGGCUGAGUGUUAAUGUCCUGCUGAGUGGACACUGUCACACACGAGCUUGGCUAGGAGCUCCUACAGUAUGAGUACCGUGUUCUGUUAGCUUUUAUAUGCCCAGCAGCAAGGAAGUGCCUGGCACACGGUGAAUGCCCUAAAAAUUUGUAGAGUGGAGAAUGCCAGCCUCUCUACUGUUUAGUUUCCUCAUCUGUUAAUGGGGUUGGAUUUGCUGAUCUCUUGGGAGACUCCCAGUAAUAGAAUGCAUUAUUCUAGAUUAUUCUUUUAUUGUGUUGCUUCUGCUCAUCUAUUUAUCUAUUACCAGGAGAAAUGUGUGACACCUAUAUUAUGCUGAAACAAUCUGUAUUACUCACCGUGUCUAUUAUUUCAAUAAACAAAUUUAAUUGCA